AUGUCUGAGGAGAGAAGUCAUCAGACGGAGGAGGAGCAGAGUUUAUUUCCCACAGCUGUGUCCGAACAGCAGCUGGAUGAGGCCUGGAGAAAAAGCACCUUCAAGCAGCUUUUCGGCUCCAGUAAAAUCUGCCUGGCACCAGGAGAGAAACGCCCCCGAAGGCCAGAGCUGCAGGGGAGCCUCAUCGUUCAGAGCAAGGCUGCAGAGCAUUACACAAAUGGAAACAAAGCAGUGGAAGUGUCCCAGUAUGAGAGGGCUGUGAUCUGCUUCUCCAAAGCCAUCACACUGCAGCCAGAACAGGUGCAGCUGUAUGUGAGUCAGGCGGAGGCUUACCUGCAGCUGUGUGACUUCCAGUCAGCAGCAGCCUCUUAUAAAAAGGCCUGGCUCCUGCAGCCCGGGGCCUUCAGCGACCGCCUGGGCUUCAUUUACUAUCUACAGGGCCAGUGUUUGUUUGACCGAGGUCUUUUCCUGGAGGCUCUGGAGGCUUUCAGCAAAGCUGCGGAGGUGAAGCCCGGCUGCAGGGCUCACGCAGUCAGAAGCCUGGCCUGUCUGGCAGCUGCAGGUCACCACGCUGACUGUCUGAAGCUGGUGGACGACUGGAUGGUGUCAGACGGUCCCACCUCAGACCUUUAUGUCCUCAGAGCCCGACUGCACCAAGAGCUCCACCAGAUGUCACGAUGUUACCAAGAUGUGAAGUCGGCGUUGGUGUUGAACCCGACGUGCCCAGAGGCCGGAGCACUGCUGCUGCAGCUGCAGCGAACCAGUGAACAGGCCAGACAAACAGCUGUGAGCAGAGCACUGACCGGCCAGCUGCCCGAAGCCCUCUGCAUGAUCAAUAUCGCUCUGGAGAACUGCCCGCAGGACGCACGCCUCUACCUGUUCAGAGGGAUUCUCUACCGACGCCUGAAAGACUUCACAGCCGCCAUCGAAGAUCUGGUCCAGGCUGUGGAGCUGAGCGAGGAGGAGGAGGAGGAGGACGAGGCCACAGGGGUCGUCGGUCAGGCGGAGGCCAGAGACAAAAAGGAUGAGCAUGGCUCUUUUCAAAAGGAGGUGGAGUUUCAGCUGGUUCUCACCUACAAUGACUUUGCCGUUCAGUGCUUCGGUAGAGGCCUGUACGCUGAAGCCACUCUGCUUCUCAACAAGGCCAUCGAGGAGGAAAAGGGCCAGGCAGGCCUUUACCUGAACCGAGGAGACUGUUUCUUUAAGCAGGGCGAGUGGUGUUAUGCUCUGGCUGACUACCAGCAGGCUCAGGAGAUGAUGCGGCCUGAUGACCCUGCUCUCCGGCAGCGCCUCGCUGUCCUCCACAACACGUUGGGCUCUCUCUGCUUCCAGGACGGGCGUUUCCAGGAGGCAGCUGACAUGUUUUCUCUGGCCAUCCAGUACAACCCCACAGUCGGUCAGUACUACGAGAACAGAUCGAAGGCCUUCAGGAAGAUCCUGAACCCGGAGGGAGCCAGACAGGACUUCAUCUGCAUGCUGAUCCUGGAUCCCACCAACGAGGAGCUGCCUCCUAUGCUCAUGAGUCUGUUCCCCGGCUGCAGUGAGUCUGAGGUUUUGUCCAGUCCAGCAGGACAAGCAGUCAGAGCUCAGCUGAUGGACAACAUCCAGGCCUGCAGGUCCUUCUCCGAGCAACACAGCCAAUCAGAAGGCCCAUCUGAAGCAGGAAGGGAGCUGAAGCUGUGCGUAGACCAAUGGGAGAUGCAGAUACUUGUGAAGAGCCUUCUGCAGGUUAAGGAAGCAGCCCCUUCAUUUUUCCAUGGCCGUCCAUCUGUGCACCGCACUGGGCCACACCUCACCACACACCACCUACCACCACCACCACCCACACAGAGGCGCAGGACCAGUCCACCUUUAGACAUGAAGGGAGGUCGCACUGCAACAAAAGAUCUGAGGUGUUUGGAGUCCGCACCUCAGAAGUGA